UGUAAACAAUUAUUUUCUCUGAUCUUUUUCACUUUUAAUAAAUUUAAAUUUUCUGUUCUGCAAAAAAGCGAUGCAGAGUGUUAUUAAUUCUGUAAAAGGUACUGCGCUUGGUGUUGCCGAAUACUUAACCCCUGUAUUAAAGGAAAGUAAAUUUCGGGAAACUGGAGUAUUAACACCAGAAGAAUUUGUGGCAGCAGGUGAUCAUUUAGUACAUCAUUGUCCAACAUGGCAAUGGGCUACUGGUGAUGAAGAUAGAGUGAAAUCAUAUCUUCCCAAAAAAAAACAAUUUUUGUUAACACGUAAUGUUCCUUGUACUCGCAGAUGCAAACAGAUUGAAUACAGCAAAGAACAAGAAUGCAUUAUAGAAGCAGAUGAUCCAGAAGGUGGUUGGGUUGACACACAUCAUUAUGAUACAAGUCUUAGUGGAAUUGAAGAAAGAGUAACUGAAAUGACAUUAGACGAAACACAACUUACUCAGUCAAUUGGUACAGAGGAAAAUAAUGGAGAGGAAAAUGAUGAUGAUGAUAAUAAUGAUGAUGAUGAUGAUGAUGAAGAUGCUGCAGAUAUGGAAGCUUUUGAAGUCAGUGGAAUGUUAGAUGAAGAAGAUAAGUAUGCAGCAAAAAUUACAAAAAAACCAAUCAAAGAUAAAUGGGAAUCAUUUUCUGAAGGAGAAAUUAUUCACACACGCACAUAUGAUUUAUAUAUUACAUAUGAUAAAUAUUAUCAGACACCUCGAUUAUGGCUUUCAGGAUAUGAUGAGAAUCGUAAGCCUUUGACAGUAGAAGAGAUGUAUGAGGAUGUUAGUCAGGAUCAUGCUAAAAAGACUGUUACAAUGGAGAUACAUCCUCAUAUACCUGGACCAUUAAUGGCUUCAGUUCAUCCAUGCAGACAUGCUGAAGUAAUGAAGAAAAUUAUUGAAACUGUAAUGGAAGGUGGUCGUGAACUUGGAGUACAUAUGUAUCUUAUAAUAUUUCUUAAAUUUGUGCAAUCUGUAAUUCCUACAAUUGAAUAUGAUUAUACACAAAAUUUUAUGCUAAAUGCUUCUGGUUAAGAAUUUUAUCAACUUUCAUUGUAUUUUAAGGAUGAACGUGAUUUUAAUUUAUAAGCUCAUAAUAAGUAAUAGUAUUAAAAAGAUUGUGUGAAGUAUAUAAUAAGUAUAAUAAUAAGUAUGUUCAGUUCAGAAAAUUGUCUAUACAUGUAUAAAAUAUUUAAAUAUAAAAUCAAAUUUGGC